GUGAACGUAUGGUACAUGCAGGAGACACCGUUCUGCCUCAGAGUUGGACACCUUCUCACCCGCUCUAUGUCAGAUUCCAACACAACUCACUUCACCAACCCCUCCAUCUUCAUCCUGCUGGGCAUUCCUGGCCUGGAGACUGCCCAUGUCUGGAUCUCCAUCCCCUUCUGCGCCAUGUAUGCCAUAGCCAUCUUGGGGAACUUCACCAUCUUGUUCGUUGUAAAGACGGAGCCGAGCCUCCAUGGGCCCAUGUACUAUUUCCUCUGCAUGUUGGCCAUCACCGACCUGAUCCUGUCUACGUCCAUCCUCCCCAAAACACUGAGCAUCUUCUGGUUCAAAUCCAGGGAAAUAAAUUUCAGUGCCUGCCUCACCCAGAUGUACUUCCUUCACUGCUUUUUUGUGGUGGAGUCUGGGAUCUUCGUGGCCAUGGCCUUGGAUCGUUAUGUGGCCAUCUGCGAUCCCCUGAGACAUUCCAGCAUCCUGACAAACCCCGUGGUGGCCAAGAUCGGCCUGGCCGUGGUACUGCGUGGUGGCAUGCUCAAACUGCCCUCGAUCCUCCUAGCAAGGCAGUGGCCAUAUUGCAGAACCAACAUCAUCCCCCACACGCACUGCGAGCACUUGGCUGUGGUGAAGCUGGCCUGUGCUGACACCAGCGUCUCUAGUUACUACGGCCUCUUUGUGGUAGUCUGUGUGAUGGGUCUGGAUGUGAUUUUUAUCACCCUGUCCUAUAUCCAGAUCCUCAGGGUCGUCUUCAGCCUCCCCACAAAGGACGCCCGGCUCAAGAUUUUUGGAACCUGCAGCUCCCACCUCUCUGCCAUCUUAGCCUUUUACAUCCCAGGUCUCUUCUCUUUCCUCACAUAUCGUUUUGGCCAAAAUGUGCCCCUGCAUUUCCACAUUCUCAUUGCCAAUAUGUACCUCCUGGUGCCCCCCAUGAUAAACCCCAUCAUCUACGGGGUGAGGACCAAACAGAUCCGGAAGAGGCUUCUCCGGCUCAUUACACAUAAAGGAACAAAUUUUUUCUCUUCAUGCUUUGGCUCUCAGACCAAGUUCCGUGCAGAUUUGGGUGGUGAGCUGGUGCUGGGCCCUUUUCCCUGA